GGCUUUUUCGGAAUAAGGACAGGUCUUGAGAUGAGCGGUGGAUGGAGGGAAGAACACCAAUUUAGGCAGAGAAUCCGGGAAAAACUCAGAAAAACUCAUAAAAUUUAGUAGGAAGUUACCUAAGAAGGAAAGGGGGUGCUCGGCGCCGUGGAACGUUUUUUAAUGGGCGGGUCAGAAAUUCAAAAAAAAUUAAAUGGUGAGCCGUGGCCCUUUUCGUCGGGCACUGAUAAAGCCAGCCCUGUUAUGCUUUUCCUUCACCUCGUUCUCUCCCUCUGAGCAUCCGUCCUUCCAGCUCCAGCUCACUGUCUUAUUCCUUCUGGCCUGCUGUGCAACGGCUGAUAAUACCUGUAUCUGUUAGCAAACCCUUGGUCCUAACAUCUACUGCUCACUUAUUACCAAUACAGAAGAACGGAAGCUCACUACUGGACAGUAUGCAGGCAUCACAUUCCAAACCCGAGGUCGUCUUCUCCAGCGACGUACGCAACAUGGAUGAUUGGGCUAGACGCACCCGUAUUCCUCUUACCACGGCGGAAGCAUUAGGUGCAACUUAUGCACGUGCUCACCGCUGGCUUCAGACCCUGCGCCUGCAACUAAUCCGUAACCACAAUUGGAAGGACGUCUCUCCUUCUGAUCCCCGAAUGCUCUUCUCCCUCGAAACAUCCUCCAUUUGGCGUUCUUCCGUCGGCCUCCCGGCUGGUCCUUCCUUGCGCCUGCAGCUUCCAGUCCAUGCCAGUUCCUUUUUUUCGCCUGAACGGCGCGUUCAAUGGCAGAUGGUCUUCCAUAGUGACAUAUUCGAAUCAGUACGGAAGAUAUGUCCUCCUAUCAAUGACAUUCUUAGUCUAAUACAAUGCCUGCUCACGGGUCUCGUCACCGUCGCGUUCGAAGAACAAAUGUCCCAAGGCAUCUAUCGUACCACUCGUGGUCUUCCUCCCGCCGCUUGGGUGAAUGCUAACGAAGCCAUACUGAACGAAAUAUUCGGGACCACGCACUUCAAGGCUUUGCGGAGAGCUUGCGCUGACACGGAGAGCGCGUACAAGCUCGAAGUGUUGCCUCAUCGCCGUUAAGUAGGACAGGACUAGGCUGGAUCCAAAAACAAAGAAGGAGCUGUACGCAGCCGUCCUAAUCUUUUUGCUUUGCAUGAAUGUUUUCCACGAAACACCCUCUUGCUAAUGUUGUCGUAUGUUACUCUCCAUGGGAUUUUGUCAGUGUCGUCCUGCGUCCUUCCCACACAUCUAAUUCCUUGCUGUCUUACACUGCUUUCUGACCUUUGCAUCGUUUACUUAUCCCCUAAACUCUUUAUAUUUCUCUACGCAUCUGCUUGAUCCUAUGCACAUCUAGAUAACUUACGUCGCCGCUACGUAUACUACUCUCAUCACAUCUAAUUAUUCGCACUUCGCUCGCAUGUAUUCAUAUUUUGGUCCGUCACCUUCUAUAGUAUUGUGUCCCUAGCUAUCUCGGGAUAGUACACUACGAGUCGCUUUAGUUAUAGUACUACAGCAUAUAAAAAUGAUAACAAGCCCGGCGU